AUGGACUAUUACCUCGCGUCGGUCUGUGGGAUGGAAGACCCAAGUACCAUCCUGCAGCGUAAUCUCGAUUAUUGCGAGCAGCUGCCGUCGAACUGUUUGGACUGCCUUCCGCCGGGCAUUGACUCGCAGGAGGAUUUGCAGUGCUUCCUCGCCGAUCUGAGCCUUGCGCAGGCAUAUUAUUUCCGCACUGGACAACCCGACAGGAUGCCCGAAUGGCGCACCGAAUGGCUCUCGACUGUCUUUGUACCCGAACACUCGCCGUACGACACGCAGCAGAAAUGGGCGGACAGGCUUUGGUCUUGGCUUGCUGCAACCGAUGGACUGCUGUACAAGCGGCCCCCUGCCUUCGCGACACGGAAGGACGACGGCUGGCAGAUACUCGUCGAACACAUGCAGGGCGAUAAAAUGUUGGAGUGUGGCACUCAGCUAUGA